AGUAUUCAAACGCGAAGUUAAAUCUGUGGCGGAUUCUGGCAAGUUUGCGGAAUUUAUGGGCAAAGGUGUCGUCGAAUUCCAUUUGAUAAAUAUAGAUGAUAUAGAGCAGUUUGAAAAGAAGCAGCAGUAAAGGAAAUGAACUUAAUUAAUUUCAGUGCUCGCGGACAUAGCAUGCAGUUGAGUUUAUGAUUGUAAAACUUGAUGUUGCUGGAUUUACUAAUCAGCUAUUUUUAAAUCUAAUAAUUGAAGCAUCAAAUAUUUGUUCGUAGGCUUGCAUAGUCAAUGACGUGAUGCAAUGUCUACCUUGCUUUAGAAAAUUAUUGGGGAAACAUUUUCUUAGUUUUCAUAAAUUUUACUGUAUUAUUCGCAGCUUUUAUUAUUGUACGCAGAAUAAUUUUUAAAAUAAAUUUAAAACACUACUCCACAAAUUAUGUGAGAAUCGAAUGAACGUAAGAACAAAACAAAACAAUUUCUGCUAGUCUUGGGUCGCUGAAUACGAAAAUAAUACCCAUGUUUGUUUUACAAGAGAUAUUUGUGAGAUUUUUUUCAAAACCCAAAUAUCUCAUGAAAAAGUCAUCCGAUUAAGGUAAGCAGUUCCAAAGGUAUUGAUGUGUCCUUACCAAAUAUAUAUAAUUUGAGCAGAUGUAAGUAAAAAUGAUUAGUGUUGUCAGCAACCAAAGUCGAAAAAGUUAAAUUUCCAAUCAUUUUUGUAAAGUAGUCAGUUUUAAUUGAUGAUUUUUGAUUAAACAUUUAUUUUAAGUAUUUUUUAAAUUCAAUUUUCGACCAAAAGUGUGAUUGUGUCAAAACCAUUUGAAAAAUAUUGGUAUUGUUCUCGUGUUCAGCGACCCGAAGUUAGCUUGGAAAAUUAUCUUUUAAGACAGGUUAAUUUUCCGUGUAAACUAGUGAAAUAUUAGUUAAAACAUGCAUAAAGUUAGCAAUCGACCAUGGUCACCAAAAUAUAAAAAAGAAAUAUCGUUGUAAAAAUUAAACACGAACACGUUCCAAAUCCUAAAAUAGCAAUUAUUGUGCAUAUGAAACCAUUGUGUACCUAAACUUAAAUUAAUUGUGGAAAAUAAUAAAAUCGUGUUAGAUCCAUUCCAGCGAAGAUGACACCACAGGUAAAAAAAUAAAUUA